GAUGGGGGUCAGGGGGUUUAGUUAUUUUUAUCAGCGCCUGAAAUGGAAACAAAAAAUAAACAAGUAAUUUUCCGCUUAGCUCAGGAAUUCUGCAGUAAUUCCUGGUGUUGGGAGACGAGUAUAAAAUCGGAGACAGCACUGCUCUGGACGCACAGGGACUUGUCAAGACUUGCUGCUCCGUGCUGCCGACUCUCAGGGCUCCCGAACCACUCUCACCAGUAACGCAAUGGAGGCUGCCAUCAACACAUUGGUCAACCAGUUCAAGACCUUCGCUGGGAAUGAUGGGAAGGACGACACGCUCAGCAAGGAGGAGUUCAAGAGCCUGGUGACAUCACAGCUCCCCACCCUGAUCAAGAAUGGCAGUGACCCGGCCGUGAUCGAGGGGCUAAUGAACUCUUUGGAUCAGAACAACGACGGAGAGCUGACCUUCAUGGAAUUCUGGCAGCUGAUUGGCCAGCUGGCGAACAAGCUGGGCGGCUAUGGCCAAUAGGGAUUGCUGUUGCCAUCUGUGCUCAGAUCUUUUUUUCUGUCAUGUUUUUUGGGGUUCUAAAUAAAUAUAACUUGUGUG